GGUUGUCUCCUAGCGUGGAACGCGAAACGAACAAUGAGUACGAACAAAAUUAUUAUAAUUGGCGCCGGAGCGUCGGGAAUCGCUGCCGCAAGUCGUCUGUAUGAGAGUGGUUUCCGCAACAUUCUAAUCUUGGAAGCGACUGACCGCAUCGGUGGUCGAAUCCAUUCGGUUCCGUUUGGACAAAAUAUUAUCGAUUUGGGCGCCCAAUGGUGUCACGGGGAAAAGAAUAACGCCGUGUUCGAGCUGGCUAGCCCUUUGGGACUGCUCGAAUCUUCCGUUGUGGCCAGCGAGAUAAGGUUGGUGAAAUCCAGCGGAGAUAUUGUUCCGGCGGAAAUCACUGCACGAUUGAUGGAGGUCGGUCACCAGAUCAUGGAAUCCGAAGAAAUGAACAAGUACGAUGGAACCGUAGGCGAUUUUGUGACUGACCGUUUCAUGAAAGCAGCCAAUGAAGAUAACAUGAAAGAUAUUGACCGCGAAUUGAUACAGCAGUUCCUGGUCUUCUUGCACAACUAUCAGCGGGGUUACAAUUCUUAUGAUUCCUGGUACAAUGUUUCCGCUUCCGGAGGUUACGAUUACGAGGAAUGCGAGGGUGAUCAAGCCCUCAGCUGGAUGGGAAAAGGAUACAAAAGUGUACUGGAUUUGAUGUUGAAACGCCACGAGUCGCAAUCUAUCACAGACUCCAUUCCAAUUGAAGACAGCAUCAUUUUCAACAAGGCCGUAGAUGUUAUCGAUUGGGGUAACAGCCCAGAUCUUCCAGUGACUGUGACCUGUGCUGAUGGUAGCCAGUACAAUGCCAAUCAUGUUAUCCUCACCGUGUCAUUGGGAGUUUUGAAGCAGGGCGCUCAACGCAUGUUCAAUCCCAAACUCCCAGCCAUAAAGAUGAAUGCAAUCGAGGGAAUAUUCUUUGGGACAGUAAACAAAAUUAUCAUGGAAUUUGAAAAACCGUUCUGGACAGAGCUGGGAAACUCAUUUAAUUUCCUUUGGAAUGGAGACGAUUUGGAAGCUCUACGAGCCUCAAAAUAUGCAUGGAUCGAGGGAGCUUCUACGGCUUUCAAAAUAGAUAGACAACCGAACUUACUCGCAAUUUGGAUGAUAGGACCCGAAGGACGCCAAUCUGAGCUCAUGCGCGAUGACGAUAUUAUUGAUGGCAUUAUGUUUUUGUUGAACAAAUUUUUCAAAGGAGUAACUAUUGAAAAGCCUAUUAGCGUUAUCAGGUCGAAGUGGUCUACGGAUCGCAACUUCCGUGGUUCAUAUUCCAGCCGUUCCCUUACAACAGAACUAUUGAAAGCUGACUUCCAGGACUUGUCACUUCCGUUGACCGAUUGUUUGGGCACUCCGGUGCUUUUAUUUGCCGGCGAAGCAACGAAUCGGAAACACUAUGCCACCGUCCAUGGAGCCAUCGAGAGCGGUAGACGAGAAGCUGACAGAUUAAUUCAGUUGUAUGCUGACAAAUCUCCAUGACUUGAUGGAAACCAGUUGGAAGCUUGUUCGUUGAAGUUUUUAAUCUAGCUCUGAUGAAUAAGGCCUGUCCCGACUCAAAUUGCAUCACGGAAAAAACGCUGUACAAAAUAAACCAGUUGACCAAACAUUUUCAAACAAUAAAAUAAAACGCAUUAUUGA